CUUGUUGUUUAAGGUGUCAAUUGAUCCCCGAUCAGACCCUUUUUUUAUUUGUAUUCUUUCAAGAAACUACGCCCAAAAGGUUAAGUUGUUCGCCAUCUCUUAUCUUUCCUCUCUCUUUCCUUUUCCUUUUCCUUUUCCUUGUCUUUUUUCAUAUCGUUAUUAUUCUUUUUCCUCCGGCAUGUCCAAUACCAGUCUCUCGAUCGAACCACAGGACCAGCCCGACAAGGACAAAAGUGCCGAGGGACUACACUGCCAGCAAGAAAAGGAACAGGAUACCCCUGCUGUCCCAUCGUCGACAUUGUCGCGAGUGCAGCAUGGGUUCUUGUGUGUACAGGAUCCUAUUCAGGAUAAGGAGUCUUCUGGUGUGGGGUCAAAACUGUCCAAGCGCAUCGGUGUUCCUGGCAAAGUCCACGAGGACGAGGGUGAGAAUAAGAGUGGCGAUGGUGAUAAUGAUAAUGAUACGUUGAUCGUAUCGGUGGAUGGUUGUUUGACGGGGACGUUAGCGGCGAUGAAGAUCUGUGGAUCGAAUAAGAACAAGGAGGAGCUAACAACGACAACGACGGCGAAAAUGACAGGGUGUUAUUUUGACGCGUGUCAUGUCGAGAUGGACACGGAUGCAUUGGCAUCGACAUCGGCGUCGACGCUAGGGCUGGCGGGGAUGCUGGAUGAGUUCUUGUUGAGGGCUCUUAAGAAACGUCAGGACCGGCUGUUUCUGUUGAAACUCGACCGAGAAUUGUGUAGUUUUAUCGAGAACACAAGCCAGGAACAGCUAGAGUUUCCAUGGCUGAACUCCUAUUAUAGGAUGAUGAUCCAUCGCUCGGCCAUUUAUUUCCAGUUGGCGAGGAAGGUCGAUCCGUCGCAGAAGAGAAUUACCUUGUCCAAGACUGAGCACUCGGCCGUUCCCGCACUGCGAUUCUGCGAUUUAGUCGAGGAGGAAGAGGAAGAGGAAGAGGAAAAAGUCAAUGAACCGUUAGUCAAGCCAAUGAAGGUCCUCAAACGAUGUCCACCACGUCCCGUCAGUGCAUGCGAAACCCGAUAUGGCAACAAUAACAACAGCGCGACCACCCAUCGACGGCCCGCCUCGAUUGAGGAACGCGAAAAGGCUUAUGCGGAAGCCAGGGCCCGCAUCUUUUGCGAGCGCAACGUACACAGCAAGGGAUCCAUAGUGGGAUGUCAGGAAGAGAUGAAACCCUGCAAGGCAACAUCAUCGCCCGUGUCAAUGGAUGAUCCAUCCGAGGCAGCAGCGGAGACCGUGCAGGACAAUCAGCGCUCAAAAGCAGAGUCAAUGGUGUCGCGACCAAGCCCAGGUAUGGGAGCACAGUAUCAGCAACAGAACGAGGGUGGAGGUGGGUUAGUAAGACGACCGAGCACGAGUUCGACGGCUUCAUCGUCUUCGGGAACUGCUGUGACAGAUAUCAGCGCACGAUCGGAAUCUGCCUUGUCUAUGGGAAGCGGCAUUGGCGGCAGUGAUGGAUUCCAUAGUCCAGGAGCAUCAUCGACAGGUCGCUCGACUCCUGGAUACGACUAUUUUGACCGACAUCAGCAUAAUCAUCACCAAACAGGGCACCCAGGACCAGCGGGAGUUAGACACGUCUAUCCGCAAUGCAAUGGAAGAUGCGAUGCCAAUCCAUCUGCUCUCUGCCCCACCGCCAGUAUGGGCAACAGUUCGCGCCAUCCAGGACAUUACCACCAGCCCCAGCCCCAGCCCCAGCCCCAGCACCAAUACGUACAUUACCACAACGAGUACCAAGGACUCUGGCAUCCAGGGAAUACACGAUUCGACGCAUCUUCAUCAUCAUCUUCUUCGUCGUCGUCGUCGACUUCAUCUCAUUAUCACCACGCCUCACGAUAUUGCGCAUGUCAGCAUGUGGAGAGUUAUGGAUACUACUGCCCCUGCUCGCAUGAUGGGUAUGGACACAGUGGCCGCAACUAUAGCCACCCGCACGCUCCAGAAAUGAGAGGCGGGUAUCAUUCAACGGGGUAUUCGGGUCAGCCACAGUAUCCACAUUAUCCUCAUCCUCAUCAGUACCAGUGCCAGCAGCACCAACAGCAGCAAGGGAGAGGGGUAGGAACAGGAGCUGGAGCUGGAGCUGGAGGUGAAAUGUCGAGACGUGCUCAUGGUCCACAGGUCCACCAGUCUUUGGGGACCGGGUCCCAUCAUGGUCCACAUACAUCUUCUGUUCCUUCCUUCUGUACAGGCCAGCAGCCACAACUCGCGUCGAGGAACGAACGUACGCUCUCGCAAACGCAUGCGACUGUAUCUUCCCACGACUUUCUUACUCCUCCAGCUUCAAGGAGGAUAACGAUACAGGACCCGCCCUCACCUCCUCCAUCUCUGUCUCCGUCUCCGUCUCCGUCGCCGCCCCGAUGUUGUGAAUUCCUCCAACACCAUCACCGCCACCAUCACGCGGACCAAACCCGGAUACAGCGUCACCAUCACUAUCGUCCCCACGAAGACGUCCAAGAGCCCCAAUCUCACCAUCACAGGGAGCCCCACAGGGAGCCCCACAGGGAUGGAGAACAAGAAGGCGACGGAAGACCGGUGCCGCCGAGACUCUUCCAAGUUGCUGUGCGGCCAUACCCGUCUUCGAAUGGGUACCGACCCUAUCGUCAGGGGAUUUCUGUCCCGCAGCUGCCGCCUCGACCGCCUCACCAACAUCCUCAGCAUCCUCAGCGUCCCCAUGUGCAUCAUCCGCAUACGAAUCAGAGCCGGUAUCAACAUCAACAUCAUCAUCAUCAUCAGCAUCAGCAUCAGCAUCAGGCGAGGUCCAGGCCUUCUGCGGCAACACAGCAUCAGUAUCACUACCAUCACCAGCAGGCAGGGGCAGCAUCUGGCGUUCCAUCACAGGAAUCAACCGCCCAGAUGCCGACGUCGACGCCGACGCCGACGCAGGAUCCUACGACUUUGAAACGACAAUCAUGGCGAAUGCGCGUGGCUGCCAUGACAGGGCGCGAAGAAGGGCUCCAGAUAGUGUACGACGUUGAUCGUCGACCGCCCAAAUCCACAGAGCUCUACAACCCAUACGAGUCCUCGUCGCCUACUAAUUCUACUGCUGCUGACACUGCUAUUACGACCGGUGAGACCGCAGCGGGUAGUUCAAAAAGGAAUUGAUUCCAAGUAAUGAAUCGUUUGUUUAACUUCUCUAGCUUUCCUUCUUUUGGGGACGCUUUUCUUUCUUUCUUUCUUUCUUUCUUUCUUUCGAGUGU